AUGUUCCACUUGAACCCAAAUUGGACUGUUUUCGAGAAAUACACUCAUUUGCAAAUUAAUUUGGUUUUCACCGUUCUAUAUAUUUUCAUAAAGGAAACUACUCACAAGGUUGCUGAAAACUCUUCGACAGCACACCACCGGUUUCGCCCUACCUGGGGCUCAUCAGGUAGGCGCAGUCCCCGAGUUUCCGUCAACCUUAUGUUCUACUGGAAUCCAAAUUGGACUAUUUUCGAGAAAUACACUCAUUUGCAAAUCAGUUUGGUUUUCACGGGAGACUCAGUUGAAUCUCUCUUUUGUGAUGUCCUCCAGCUGAAUGUGCUGCUGAAUGCGGGCUGUCGAAAAGUUUUCAGCAACCCUGUAACUGAAUGUACUGCACCAGGUCGCCUCAUGUUUCAGUCGCUACGGUAUUCGCGAUGCAUGUAUAUGCGUAAUGCACUACUCAUGAGGUUGCUGAAAAUUCAUGGACAGACCACGACCGGUUUCGCCCUUGUUGUAGCUCAUCAAGUAACUGAAUGUGCUGCACCAGGUCGCCUCAUGUUUCAGUCGCUACGGUAUUCGCGAUGCAUGUAUAUGCGUAAUGCACUACUCAUGAGGACUGGUAGUUGCCGCUGUGAUGGGAAUUCGUGUUCCCAUAUCCGACGUCAUGCAGAGAAAAAAAGCACAGAGGAGAAACACUCGAAUAUGGUGAGAAUCAGUGGGAGCAAAGCGAAUACUGUUCCAGGCAACCCCUUUCUGGCUGAGCACAAGGAGAAGAACACGCAGUUGUUUUUGGAUGAACUGACCAAAGUCAUCCCGUCCUUUGGUAUGCACUUUGCACCCACAAAGUGUAAGGGAAAGGUACUGGAAGUUGUUGAGCGUUUUACGCAUCUUGGAAGUUGUAUUAGUUCUGAUUGCCGUGUGACAGUUGAGGUCAGUGCAUCAAUCUGCAAGGCUUGGGUCAAGUUUGCUAAUUUGAGACACCUAUGGUGUCAAAGUGGUUUAUCACUGAAUCUCAAGGGACCUUUGUAUGGCUGUGAGACUUGGCCUAUUCGAGCAGCUGAACUGAGACGUCUUUUGGUGUUCGACAAUCGUUGUCUCAGAACCAUAGCUCGUGUGGGUUGGUGUCGGCGAAUCCAUAACGAGGCCGUUAGAAAGCGUAUUUUCGGUUGUGUAACGGGUACUCCCAUUGAAGCACAAUUGUCCAGCACCAGAAACUGCGUUGGUUGGGACAUGUGUUACAGAGUGCUGUUUUCCAUGCCCAAUUCGGAGUGGCGUAAACAGAGAGGUGGCCAACCUUUGACUUGGCAGGGGAGUAUGAAGGAGAUCGCGGAAUGCUUGGGUGCUGUCGGUGCUACUCGCCUUCCAGGAUGGGGACCGCGUGAUCCUCAUUGUGCCUAG